UACGGGGAGAGCGAUUGGUGGCUAGCCUAGCGAUUCUACAAUAGAACGUCUUUUGAAGCCUACUCCAGGGAGCGGUUUUAUUGGUGACUGAGUCAGACGGUGUGCGCAGGCGCGGGAAGAGUUGGCCGUGGGCGUUCGAAAGCAAGUUCGCGUCUGGCGUCUGGGAAGCGCUGGUGAGGAAAGGCGGAUAUAUAAACUGCACCUUUUCAAAAUGGAGAAACCUUCAGUCAGUUUGUGGGUGAAGAUGGAGCCUUUCAUAGUGGGAGCGUUGCAAAUCCCUCCUCCUUCCAAGUUUAGCAUGCAUUACCUUCGGAAAAUGUCAACCUAUGUCAGAAUGCGCUCUGGUCGAGGCUAUUAUCCAUACCUUACCUGGUCUAUGUGGCGACACAUUGCUUGUGGAAAACUACAGCUAGAAAAAGAGCUGGCAUGGCUUUACUUUGAGUUGUUUGACAGUCUUGUUGAGCAGACUUCAGAGGAGCGACUGGAGUGGGCAGAAGUCAUAUCUGGUUGCGUAACUGAGGAAGAGACAGAGAAGCAAAGGAAUCGGUUAUCUGUGGAUACACUUCAGUUCCUGCUGUUCCUUUAUAUUCAGCAACUAAACAAGGUUUCUUUGAGGACAUCCCUUCUUGGAGAUGAGUGGCCAAAUCCUAAGUCAAAGUCACACAGUGGGCUAAAAGAAUCUGCCAAUCAGAUUAAGAAUUGGAAUGACAACUACCACCAUGACUUUGUUGAAAACCAUCUCCAAGAUCUUCUGGAAUUGUUACUGGACCCAGACCAGCUCAGUGCCUCCUCUCAUUCUAUGCACAGCAGCCUGCUAUCACCCAAAGCUGUUCAAGCUCUUAGUUUCCUUAUUGAAGGAAGUGUAGAUCAAAAUAGGACUGUUUACCCUCUUCAUGAACUUGCCCUUUGGCAGCCAUUGCAUGCCAAGAGUGGCUUCUCGAAACUUUCCAAAGCUUUCUCCUGUGCCAAAUUUGAAUCAUGGCUGAGGACUUGUCUGACUGGGAACCCAUUUGGGGCAACAGCCUGCCUCACAUCUGGAAGAAAGCUUGCAUGGGCACAGCAAGUUGAAGGAACAACUAAACGAGCUAAAAUAGCCUGUAAUACUCACAUAGUCCCUUCAGUUCAUCGUGUGAUUGUGAUGAGCCAGGUUUACAAACAAACAUUAGCAAAGAGCUCUGUUACCCUAGAAGAUACUCAUGUGAGGAUUCAUCGGUGCUGUGAAUCUUUUAUCUAUUUACUAUCUCCACUGAGGUCUGUAACCAUAGAAAAAUGCAGGAAUAGCACCUUUAUCCUUGGUCCAGUGCAGACUGUAGUACAUCUCCAUAGUUGUGACAAUGUCAAACUUGUUGCUGUUUGCCAUCGCCUAUCUUUGUCAUCUACGAAUGGUUGCACUUUGCAUGUUCUCACUCCAACCAGACCUCUUAUAUUAUUAGGUAACCAAGCAAUAACUUUUGCUCCCUUCCAUACCCAUUAUCCAAUGCUUGAGGAUCAUAUGGGCAGAACUGGCCUAGCUACUGUGCCUAACAAUUGGGAUAAUCCAAUGAUCGUAUGUAAAGAAAACUGUGAUAGGGAGGUAUUCAGACUUCUCCCAUCCUCAGAAUUUUACCCUUUUGUUGUUCCAUUUGAAAUGGAGGGAGACACAACAGAAAUACCUGGUGGUCUGCCACCUGCAUAUCAGAAAGCACUGAGCCAACGGGAACAGAGGAUACGAAUCUGGCAGAAAACGGUGAAGGAAGCAGAGCUGACCAAGAAUCAGAGGAAGACAUUCCAGAUGUUAGUGGAGAACAAAUUCUAUGAAUGGCUAGUUCACACAGGCAGCCGUCAACAGCUUGAUAGCUUGGUACUUCCUGCUGCAGGAUCUAAACAGGCAGCAGGAUAGGAGAACCUUUAAAGCAACCAAAUCAUCAGCUCUGGAGAUGAUGCACUGUGCCAAGUGAAAAGCAUUUCCCUCAUAAUAGACUGGGGACAACUUGAAGUUUAGAAACAUGAAUUUGCUUAAUGGCAUUAUCAAGAAGGAAAUGGAUUUACUGCAUAUUUCACGUUAUAUGAUAUCAUCAGUUGCUCUUCAUUGUAUACUUGAAAGCAAAAUGUAGAUUCCUAGCAUAUUUAAAUGUGCAGGAAAAGGUUUUACUUUCUUGAUGUAAAGAUAGUGGCAGUGCUCUGACUGCUGGGUGAAUAAUUUUUCUGUUAUUAAUUAAAUAUUGUUUAUAUUAAUGUUUCUAAAUAUAUAUUUAUAUCAAUUGUUUAGCACUUCAGGUGUGAAAUUUAAUUAAAUUGACACAAUGAAAUUUUGUGCCUUGUUUUC